AUGUUUCACACCUUUGAGGGUUUUGAAAACCCUGGUGCCUCAGCUCCGGCUAAGGGACGGGAGCGCCAGCAGUCCGUUGGGCGGAGAGUCACCACCCUUCGGGCGUGCACCUCAUGCCGGCAUCGGAAAAUCAAAUGCGAUGACGAGUAUCGGAGCGUUCUGGAGAGGUUAUUUCCCAGCACCUCCCCCGAGGCCCUUGUCAGUCUACCCCGUGAGAAGCUCCUGGAGCUGUCGGGUAAGGGCCCGCCGCAGCCACAUGCACAACAUCCGGCUUCUCCUGCCACCUCUGCGUCAGUUGAAGCGCACGUUUCCCCCAUAUCCAACGAAGAUGGCAACUUGGAAUCAUUGCAGACGAUGCCAGAAGAUCCCAGCGACAGCCGAAACCAGAGCACCAGUGAUAUUGCGAAUGAAAUUUCAGACGAUGUAAAUGCUCUAUCCCUCUCAGCUAAACAGCCAUCCUCAUACCUAGGCGUGUCAUCUAUACACGCUGUCUUGAAAGUCAUCGUCUGGCUUGAUCCAGGAUCUCUCUCUUAUUUCUCUCGGACGCCAGCGAGUGCUGCUCCCCGAGAGUCAAUGCAUGAUUACUCAACAUCAGCCGAGCAUCAGAACUGGCACAUCCAAUCGUCUCAGCAGCGACCGGUCACACCACCCAAGGCUCAUAUGCAAGCGACCGAUACGCAGCUGCUCGACGCAUACUUCACCUGGUUCCAGCCGUUUGUGCCCAUGCUGGACGAACAAGCUUUUCGCGAGACGUACCUGUCCGGACACCGCAGAGACGACCGCUGGCUCGGACUUUUAAACAUUGUCUUUGCCUUGGGAAGCAUAGCAGCAUGCCCGUCCGAUGACAUAUCUCACAAGGUUUAUUACCAGCGCUCUAAAAGCUAUCUAAGUUUGGAUUCAUUAGGAUCCUCGCACCUAGAAACCAUCCAGACUUUGGGGUUGAUGGGCGGUUAUUAUCUACACUAUGUCAGUGAGCCAAAUCUGGCUUACUCACUCAUGGGAGCUGCGCUCCGCAUGGCGGCCGCCUUGGGUUUGCAUAAGGAGUUCUCCUACAAUCAGGAUGCGUCCAACAAACAGAAACUUUCAGCCAUGGAUCUGAAACGCCGAACAUGGUGGUCGUUAUUCUGUAUGGAUACAUGGGGUGGAAUGACUCUGGGUCGACCCAGCAUGGGUCGUCUUGGUCCCACCAUCACAGUGAAGCUACCAAAUCACAGAGAAGCUGGAAACAUUCUGGAUAUCCUCCCCCUGCUUGAAAACGUCCGGUUCUGCAAGAUUGCUACUCAGAUACAAGAGGUUCUGGCUGUCGCACCGUUAACGAAACAUGCCGAGAUGUCUCAACUGGACAAUCAGCUGUUGGAAUGGUACGAAAAUCUGCCCUCCAUCCUCAAAGACCAUGAACCAUGCUCCGAAUCGAUUUCGAACACGCGAACCAUCAUGCGAUGGCGGUAUUAUAACCAGCGCAUGCUCCUGUACCGGCCGACCCUGUUGAGCUAUGCUAUGCGGCGAGUUCCCUACAUCGCGCUGAGGUCGGAGGAAAGGACCGCUAUUGAGAAAUGCAGAGAAGUGGCCGACGCCACCAUUCACGAUAUCUCCUCUACCGCCCAGUCGCAUCAAAUGUCCGGCUGGAACGCUACCUGGCUCAUCUACCAGGCAACAAUGGUUCCCCUUCUGGGUCUGUUCCUCAACGACGCCACAGCGAGUGAUCUCAGAGCAUCUGUCCAAUCGUGCCAGUCGCAGGUUGAGACGGCGAUGAUGGUAUUGGCACGGAUGCAGCUCUCCAGCCCCGCAGCGAAGCGGACGCUGGAAGCCGUCUCGAGAAUACUCGAAGCCAGCAAACGAGGCUCUGAUAUGGGAGGCGCAGCGAGCGGUCUCGCCAGUGGGAGCUGCGCGCAGGGGCGCGAAAGCAACAUUUCGGGAAUGAUGCCUGGAUUAGUCUCAGCACUGACCGAACCCGGCCGGGGUGUUGCGAUUGCGAAUGACGGUGGAAUGGUAGAACCAAUGGCACCGCCAUUCAUGGACGAGACGACCGGCCAGCAACUGUGGGAUUUUCUCAGUUGGAGCGAUUCAACCAUCUUGUCUGGAUUCUCGGAGUUUGAUAACCCGAACGACAUAAAGUGCGACGGCAAUGCGCCUGGCCUCUAUGGCAGUCCUAUGACCGAUUCAACAUAUUACAUGCAUCAAUCCGUGCCAUUUUACUCGCUUGGUCAACCAUAA